AUGGUUUCUUGUCGACUUGUUGAUUGUCCGGAGUCACCGGAAGAGGAAGAAAUGGGGCCAAUACCCGAUAUGAUGUUUGCACCCGGCGAGGAACCAGUUGGCGUUCGUGUUUUAACUUACCACUCAUCAAGUGCUUUGAAACGGAUUUUCUCAGCUCUAGAUGCAGAGGAAAUUGAAGUUAUACGGGGAUCUUCGUUCGGGAAACUAGUUGAUAUUGCAGAGAAACCAGUGUUCUCCGGUAGAUUGCCCGGUAUCUAUUAUCCCGGCAGCUUAAAACGAAGAAGAAGUAUGAAGCGUGGUUUCGAUUUGCUGUUCCCUCGUAAGUCCAAGAUGAAACUGAAGAAAACAAUUGUGGAGAAACCGUAUUGGCCGGCUUUAUUUGGCAAAGUGGAGGUUGUGACCGUCGCAGAUGUAAUCAAGAUGCUCUACCGGAAAAUUGUAAAAGACAGGGAAAUCCGGAUUAAAUAUGCUUGCUUGGCUAUACUAGAAUCUGUCCUUCUCCCAACAAGCAGUAAGAUGAAGAUAUCAAGAGAGCAUGCUGAAGCGAUUGAAGAUCUUGGAGAAUUUCUCAGUUAUUCUUGGGGAAGAGUUGCAUUUCAAAUGUUGAUUGGUAGUAUCAAAGAGAGAGAUGAGAUAGCAUUGUCGCAAAAUACAAUUGCUGUUAAAGGAUUUGCACUUGCGCUACAGCUCGUUAUGGUUGAAGCGGUUCCAGCGUUGACAGAGGUUGUCCAAGAGAUUUGUUCAUCUUCGGAAUCCGAUAGCGAAGAUCUUGAACGUAACGGUCAUGAUAUGUUCACCAAGAAGCAGACCCUAAAUCCUGCACAUGCCAGAAAUGUAGACAAGCAAAGCGAUGCUUCAGUUUCAAGUGUUCUACUUGCUUCCCCUACUCUUCCAAUUGAUGUUUCUUGUUGCGAGUGGUCUGAUGAAGAGGAAGAUGUGAAAGUUGUCAAUCUUGUUACGCGCAUCACAAGAAACAAGGAGUUUACAGUUGCUUCUUUUCGUGGUGGCGUUAAGAUGAGUGAAGUGGAGCGUAUGCGAGAGGUGGCGACAUCAAAUGUAAAGGGCAGAAAAGCCAAAACGGUCAACCACUAUGGUCAGCACCCGGAUCCGCGGCAUCUCGCUGAGCGUGUGAUAGCCCAACUAACACCCAAGUUUGAAUUAAUGGAUACCAACAUCAAGUCUGCAUGUUCGACUGUUGCUGCGAUUGAGGGCAAAGUUGUUGGGCAAGUGGAUGGUUUGUUUGCUAAGUUCAAGGAAGAAAUGCUUACAUGUGUUAAAGAAAUGGUAUCAGCAAUGUGUAAAGAUUUCGUAGGUGUUCAUACUGGUGCAUCAAAGAUUCAUGCGCCUGUCUCCAACGCAGCAGCAGGACAUCCAAGUAAGAUAACUCCCGAACCGGAUGUGCAUCGAAAUACUAUACAAAACGUGCUAAGCAACCUAAGCGAAUACUAUACGCCUCCACGCGUAAAUCAUAGGCAUGAGGAGAAUAAUAUGACUGGAAACAUCACAGAUCAUGUAGCCUCCGGUUUUGUAUGUGGUUCGCCGGUUGAUGAACAUUGUGCUCAAUCAGCAAGCAGUGCGAAUCGUACCCGCCAAAAGUCGUUUGCUCUUAAUUUGGAAGCUGAGAACAGGCUAAACCAAAACCAUAGGCUCGAACCGUCCUUCUCCCUUGGGCUUACUCAGGAGGAUCAGACCCAGAGGAUUGGGCAUAAUGAGCAACCAGAGGGUCAUAAGCAUGUAGCGCCGCCUGCCAUGGCCGUUGAAGACAAUUUAGAAGAAGGUCAGGGCUCAGGUAAAAGUAUGUCUCGUAGGAGGGAAGAAGGGGAUAUGGAGGACUAUCCCUCUUUCUCACUUGGGUUAACUCAGGAGGAUAUGAACCAAGGACCGGGCAAUUUGAUGGCUAGGGAGAUGCCUCAGCGGGAAACAACUCUGCAGACGACUGUUGCAGAUAAUAUUGAAGAAGGACAAGUAACACGAAAAAGUAAGAGGAAGAGGGGGCUUCCCUUAGGUCUUGUCGAGGAUUAUCAAUGUGGUCGCCACAUUAUGUCGCGGGCUAGAGAAGCGCAGAUGUUUGUUUUUGGUACAGAGAGUGUAGCAGAGAUGGAAAGGAAGUAUGAGCGGCUCACAACAAAACUCAGAGACCAAGUGGUGGUAAACGUGGAAGGACUUUUUGUAAGCGGAAAAGACAUUUCUCUCAUUCUCGCGCGAACGAGGUUUUUUCCGGCCAAGGUUAUGGAUAUGCUUACACGAGUUUUACGUUCCUCGAUUAUGCAUCUCAUGGACGGCGAUAGGCAACACCGGGUUGCAUUUCUAGAUUCCAAAUUUGUCGCCGCAAUGAACAGGACGUUCCCAAAGUUUUGCAAGAGUUUAGAUAAAGCGGCAUACAUGUUUCCAACAGGAUUGAGGGAUAUGUUUCCAACAUCUGACACGAUGGAGGUUCCACCAACUAGGUACUACUUUCCAUUCUUUGCUGCAAAGAACCAUUGGGUUGGGAUUUGCUUUGAUGCUUCGGAGGGCGUUCUGACUGUUCUGGAUAGCAAUAAUGGAAUGUUAAAGGAUAAUGUCGUGGAGAAGAAGUUAAAACCGAUUGUCCUAAUGCUUCCUUAUCUCGCAAGAUUUGCUUGUCAACUUUCUGGUGAUUUGUCAAUUAUCCACUGUUUUGAUGUUGUGCGGCCGAAAUCGGUGGAGCAGAUUACCAAGCCUGCUGACUCUGGAUUAAUGGCUUUGUUGCUAAUGGGCAGACACGCUAUUUAUGGCAUGGAGGCAUGUAAAAAUAUCACUUCAGAUGUUCUUGCUGCCGAAGGGAAGCGUGCAGCUAUAUUGACCUAUGAGUUCAAGGAGAAGUUGUAG